AGUUAAGCCCCCCAAAACCUUGGCUUGGAUAUAUAGAUCAUACAAGUUCUAUUGUUCAUAUAUCCUCGUGUUCUUGGCAAAAGCUUCCUUUACAAAUAUGGUUUCUUCCAUAAAGAAACUCCUACUCAUUCUCGCCCUUAUCUACUUCUCUUUCUACCAUGACGCGAUCAUCAUAACCAUCGCCGAUUCCACACCUGUUUAUGUACCCAAAGAGAAUAUCGCCCUCAACUGUGGCUCACAGGAGGAGCUAACUGCACAUGAUAACCGUAUUUGGAUUGCGGAUCAUGAAAAAGAUUCUCGAUAUUCCCUCAUAGAAUCAGACGGACGAAACAAAUCGAACAUCUUCGAAGCCCGCUCACAAUACGCCGUCGAAGCGGUGCCGUACAUGACCGCACGUGUGUCUCGAUCCCAGUUCACCUACAGCUUCGGCCUUACCCCGGGUCCCAAAUUCAUCCGGCUACACUUUUAUCCCACACAAUAUCGCGAUCUGGGUGACUUUGAUCCCACAAGGACCUUCUUUACUGUCAAAGCCGGACGCUACACUCUGCUGAAGAACUUCAGCGCGUACCUCAGCGCCGAAUCCUUGAAACAGCAGGCUUUCAUGAAGGAGUUCUGCGUAUACGUGGGAGAGAAUAUGGAAAAACUCGAUAUAACUUUUCUUCCCGAAAAUCAUGGUAAUAGUACUUCCUACGUGUUUGUCAAUGGAAUCGAGAUCGUCUCCAUGCCGGACGACCUCUACUACACCCCGUCAGGAGAUAAAAGCCCUCCUAUCAUUGGCCUGGGGGCCAGUUUCCUCGACGUCACCGACAAGGCGCUCCAGACACUUUACCGGGUGAACGUCGGCGGCAACGACAUCUCGCCUGAUCAAGACACUGGCAUGUACAGGUUGUGGACCCGAGACUUUUCCUACUUCUUGAGCUUUGGCUUUGCCCCCUGUGACACGAAAAAGAAGCUGAAGUACACUUAUAUAGCAAAUUACCCCGCCCCUGAUGAUGUCUACCGAACCUCCAUCACCAUGGGAAACAACAGGACGUACAACAACCUCCGCAACAUCACCUGGAAGUUGCCCGUCGACUCCAGAUUCUACUAUCUGGUUAGGCUCCAUUUCUGCGAGUUUGAAGACACAUACCAGAAGCCCGAGGAUAGGAUGUUCCGAAUCUAUCUCGACAACCGCACGGCAGAUCCUGCUUUUAGUGUGAUUGUUUGGACUGGUGGUAAUGCGAUCCCGAUGUAUAGAGACUUUGUGGUGAAUAUUUGGGACGGUGCUUUUCUCUUUGUUGAUCUGCACACUAGAGCUGAGGAUUCUACCUACGAGGAUGUUAUCUUAAACGGCAUAGAGGUGUUCAAGAUGAGCGAUUCUGAUCGUAACCUCGCGGGACCAAACCCUCCACUACAGGACUCUAAGGGAUCCGACCAAACUCUGAAUCCAAACACAGAAAAUUCCAAGUCGAAGAAAACACUAUUGGCCAUUGCCUUAGGGUGGCGUUGCUGGCUUUGUUGUUCUACUGUCUAUGGUGUUCUGUGUAGUUUUCUUGAGGCUACGGAAGGAGAAACGCUACCACGGUUCGUCCAAAAGAAGAUCCAGCAGGUCGACGAAGACUUCAUCGGGAGGCUUCCUGAGCAGGUUUGCCGUUGUUUCUCGCUCGCCGAGAUCAAGAUGGCGACCAACCACUUUGACCAAGCGUUGGUGAUCGGCAGGGGAGGUUUCGGUUACGUCUACAAAGGUAAUUUGGCCGACGAAGCGUCCACAGUUGUUGCAAUCAAGCGGCUGAACAAGGGGUUAUCGCGCCAAGGAGAGAACGAGUUCGAAGCGGAGAUUACGAUGUUAUCUCAGCUCCGCCACGUCCAUUUGGUCUCCCUAAUAGGCUACUGCGACGACGACGAUGAGAUGAUCCUCGUCUACGACUACAUGGCCAACGGGACUCUUCGAGACCAUCUCUAUGGCACGGACAACGACCCUCUCCCGUGGAAACAGCGACUCGAGCACUACCUCCAUUCAGAAGUGAAAAACGCCGUCAUCCGCCGCGACGUCAAGACGACAAACAUAUUGUUGGACGAGAAGUGGGUGGCCAAAGUUGCCGAUUUUGGAUUGUCAAAACUCGGUCGCGGCGACAGCGCUGUUAGUACGGCGGUGAAGGGCACUUUUGGGUACAUGGACCCGGAAUACGCACAGAGCCGGCAACUGACGGACAAGUCCGACGUGUACUCUUUCGGUGUGGUUCUUUUCGAGGUGUUGUGUGCCCGUAAACCGGUGGAUAUCAAACUCGAAGAGGAUCAAAGAAACUUGGCCCAAUGGGCAAGGAAGUCCAUAAAAGAAGGGAGGAUUCAGAACAUCAUAGACCCGUACUUGAUAGGCAAGAUUGCGCCGGAGUGUUUCAAGAAGUUCGUGGAGGUGGCGGAGAGGUGCGUCCGAGAUUAUUGGAGUCAACGGCCCACGAUGCAUGAGGUGAUGGAGAACUUGGAGUUUGUGUUGGAGCUGCAAGAACAAGCGGACGCCACGCAGCUGGGGAAUAAUCCCGACGGGCUGUGUUCGUAUCCGGAGAAGCUGUCGUUCCAUCUGGUUGUGGAUAACCGUGGGUUCGGAUACGACGUGCUGGGGUUGCGAAGUGGGGCCGGUGUUACCACCACGGUGGGGUCCAACACCGCCGAAUCGGGCUUUCCUAGUCUGGACAGUGAAAGUGGCACCCGCCAAAUAUUCUCAGACGCCUCUAUUUCCAAAACCCAAGAAUAAUUGAGAGAAGAAAAAGUGUUUGUAGUCCUUGUGUGUGUGUUUUCAAGAUAAAAUCGUACGUGUACUAGUUACCUUAGAUGCUGAGUGUUGAAUAAGUUUUCUCCUGAAGAAAGUUGUGGAAUAUAUGUUAGUUUUUAAUCGAGGAGUUACGUAACGUUGUCUCUUUUGGC